UGACACACUAUACAAGAAGAUCAUUUCCCGGGCCUGUAAAGCAUACUGGAAGAUAAGCUUCUCAGCAUGUUACAGAAGCUGAUGGGUUGUUUCCCUUUCAAACAUAACCAGGAUAUGGUGAUUGGCAAGUCUGAGAAUGUGCCAUUUGUUAACCACGAGAUCCGCCAUACGACCACUGUAAUGGACGGCUGGCCGGCCAGCUUCAGAGUCUUUAUAUCCUCUGCGGCAGUGAAGCACAACUCGUACCAAGCCAUCAUGAAGCAUCUGCAUUCUGUAUGCUUUCUCCUACUGCCUUACACCUGCCUCCUACUAUGCGCUGAGAUCACUCCAGUGAAGGCCGACACCCGGCGUGAAGCUGAAGCACUUGUGAAUUGGAAGGCUAGCUUGGCUGAUGCCGAUGAGUCCCUUGGGCCAUGGUCGAUGGCCAACUCCACCAGCCUUUGCAGGUGGACGCACAUCACCUGCGACACGGCCGGGCACAUCAUAGAGCUCAACCUUGACAGGGCAAGUCUGAACGGCACACUUGACAAGUUAGACUUCUCAGUCUUUCCCCACUUGAGGAGACUCCUCCUGUCCUAUAAUGAUCUGUACAGUACAAUUCCAGCAGGGAUUGGGAAUCUGACAAGCUUGGUCGAGUUGGACAUCAGUUGGAACCAGUAUCUGAGGGGCAACAUUCCACGCAGCAUUGGCCAGCUGAAGCACCUUGCUGUACUUCGAAUGCCUGGGUUUGAGGCUCAGCGGCGUGCUGCCUGAAGAGAUAGCUAACUUGACGAGCUUGGAGGAGCUUGACCUUGAGAGUGCAAGUCUGAACGGCACACUUGACCAGCUCGACUUCUCAGCCUUUCCCCACCUGAGGAAACUCAUCUUGGUCCAGAAUGAUCUGCACGGUACAAUUCCAGCAGGGAUUGGCAAUCUGACAAGCUUGGUCGAGUUGGACAUCAGCCGGAACAGGGGUUUGAGGGGCACCAUUCCACACAGCAUUGCCCAGCUGAAGCACCUUGCGGUACUACUAAUGCCUGGUUUUGGCCUCAAUGGCGUGCUACCUGAAGAGAUUGCUAACUUGACGAGCUUGGUGGACCUCGAUCUGGACUCGGUUAAUUUGACUGGAUCAAUCCCACCAACCAUUGGGCUGCUCGUGAAGCUCCAGUGGCUGAGCCUGUGAAAGAAUAAUCUGACAGGGAGCAUCCCGCUGGAGAUUGGAAACAUGACAGAACUGGAGAUCAUAUACUUAUCAUACAACUAUUUGGAAGGGCAGCUACCAGAUACCAUAUCUCGUUUGACAAAUCUCCGGGAUUUGGAUCUGGCAAGGAACCAGCUCGGAGGCCAUAUCUUCCCCGAGCUUGGGAAUAGCAGCCACUUAGAGAUGAUCAAUAUUGCAAGUAACAACUUCUCCGGGGUGUUCCCAUCAUCCGUUUGCGACGGAGGAACACUGGCUUUGGCCUGGGCUAGAUACAAUGGAUUUACAAGCAUUCGCCAGCAGACCUUCCAAAACUGCACAACCCUGUUGGUCAUUGACUUGGUGGCAAACAAUAUUGUUGCAGAAAUAAGUGACUAUUUUGGUGACCUUCCACUUCUAGGAAAGCUUCAGGUGUUAGCUUUCAGUCAAAACCAGCUGUAUGGCACACUUCUGACAGACCAAGGCGAGGUAUUUAUUUGCAACCAUUCUCGUUUAUACUACGUGGACCUAUCACACAAUUCCUUACAUGGUGGUCUCUCCAAGUGUUUCUGGGAGAUGCCACGUGUGACAUUCAUGGAUCUGUCCAGCAACUCUUUCAGCGGUGUAGUUCCAUUUUCAAGGACAUGUGAAGAUACUCUUAAGUAUCUACACCUGGCCAAUAACCAUUUCGAAGGAGCCUUUCCUUUGGCUCUUAAGAAAUGCAAAAACCUUACCACUUUAGACCUCGGAGGCAAUAAUUUCUCAGGUACAAUACCAUCUUGGAUAAGCAGGAGUUUACCUGGACUCAAAUUUCUUCGUCUGUCAACGAAUAUGUUUGAAGGUGUCAUACCUCCCCAGAUAUUACACUUUCAGAAACUCUGGCUAUUGGAUUUGUCAAGAAAUAAGCUCACAGGACCCGUUCCAGGUGAUUUUACGAAUUUUACUGGCAUGGCACAUGAACAUGAACAGGAAUCCUUUGGAGGAGACGUGUACCAAUUUGAUGCACCACAAAUGCAAAUAGUGUGGAAGAAUGUGGAAUAUUUAUACAUUACUGCGAGAGCACGCAUGGUUGGUAUCGACUUGUCUGGAAACUUUCUAUCACAGGAAAUCCCGAAAGGGCUCACAACCCUUCUUGGACUCAGGUACCUGAACUUAUCAGGAAAUCAUCUGUCAGGCUAUAUUCCUGAAGACAUUGGCAAUCUGGUACUGCUGGAAUCCUUGGACCUUUCUCGGAACCAACUUAGGGGAGAAAUUCCUCAAGGCUUUGCAGAUUUGAAGAGCAUAAGCGCUCUGAACCUCUCAACCAACAUGUUAUCAGGGAGGAUACCUAUGGGUGAUCAGCUGCGGACACUUGAUGACCCGUCAAUAUACAGCAAUAAUCUUGGGUUAUGCGGGUUUCCGUUGGAAGACUGCGUAAGCUCGUCAACACCGACGCAACCUGAAACGAGUCUGGAUGAAGAUAGAGAGGCGCUGUGGUUUUACUGCUUUGUGGCUGCUGGGUUUAUCUCUGGGUUCUGGCUAUACUUGGGCUUCUUGUUUCGCAGCGAGACAUGGAGAUAUUCAUUCUAUCAGUAUGUGGACAACAUGCAAGCGAAGGUGACCAAGAAUAUACGAAGCUGCAUUUCGUGCUUCCAGGUUAAAGGGCCUGAAUGAUGAAGUGUGUCGCUUCUUGUUGAAGUAAUUAAUGGUGUAUGGCGUCCUAUAUCGAGCAUGUGUGUAAUAUUUCCCUUCCUUUGUUAGUACGUACUUGCCAGUAAUUUGAUGUUAUUCAAGUUUUGUGGCGCUGAAACCUACUGGUUUCAGAUUUGAUUGUUUGGUACCUAAGGCUAUUUGGAGUGAAGUAAAUGAGUUAUCUGAAAUCAGUUACGUAGUCA